UCGUAACCAUUUUUUUGUUUCCAAGUAGACCAGUGACCACUUCUUUCUGCACUAAAAGUUUUCAAGUAAAAUAUGAGUAGUUCUUCAGAGAUGAGAGAGCAAGAGAAAGGAGAGAUCAGAGGAAAGGAGAGUAAGAAUAGUAUAGCAAUAAUUUUAAGAUAUGCUGAUUGGACAGAUAUUUUGUUAAUGAUGUUGGGAACUGUUGGAGCUAUUGGAGAUGGCAUGUCUACAAACUGUUUACUUGUCUUUGCCAGCAGCAUAAUGAACAGUUUGGGAUAUGGUCAUACCCAAAAUCAUGAUAGUUUCAUGGACGAAGUUGAAAAGUGCAGCUUAUAUUUUGUGUACUUGGGAUUAGCAGUCAUGGUGGUGGCUUUUAUGGAAGGUUAUUGUUGGAGCAAAACCAGCGAGCGGCAGGUGCUGAAGAUCCGCUACAAGUAUUUGGAAGCUGUUCUGAGACAAGAAGUCGGAUUUUUUGAUUCACAAGAAGCAACAACUUCGGAAAUCAUUAACAGCAUAUCAAAAGAUACGUCUCUCAUACAAGAAGUUCUCAGUGAAAAGGUGCCCAUGUUUCUUAUGCACGCUUCUGUGUUCAUCUCAGGACUUGCAUUCUCCACAUACUUUUCAUGGAGGUUGUCUAUAGUAGCCUUUCCAACGCUACUUCUCCUGAUAAUUCCUGGAAUGAUUUAUGGAAAAUACCUUCUUUAUCUGUCGAAGAAAGCCUACAAGGAGUAUGGCAUAGCAAAUAGCAUUGUAGAGCAGGCUCUAAGCUCGAUUAAGACUGUGUAUUCAUUCACGGCUGAGAGGAGAAUCGUUGAUAGAUAUUCAGAUAUAUUGGAUAGAACAACGAAACUGGGAAUUAAACAAGGCAUAGCAAAAGGUUUGGCUGUGGGGAGCACAGGGCUUUCUUUUGCAAUAUGGGCUUUCCUUGCUUGGUAUGGAAGUCGUUUGGUGAUGUACAAAGGAGAAAGCGGCGGAAGGAUCUAUGCAGCUGGCAUUUCCUUCGUACUGAGUGGACUAUCCCUUGGAAUGGCACUUCCUGAAGUAAAGUACUUCACAGAAGCUUCAGUUGCAGCAACAAGAAUAUUCAACAGGAUAGACAGAAUUCCUGAAAUUGAUGGUGAAGACACAAAAGGACUUGUAUUGGAACAAAUUCAAGGAGAAAUAGAAUUUGAGCAUGUAAAAUUCACCUACCCUUCUCGUCCUGACUCAAUUGUACUGAAAGAUUACAGUCUCAAAGUUGAAGCAGGCAAAACUGUAGCUCUUGUUGGGGCAAGUGGAAGUGGAAAAUCAACUGCAAUUGCACUUGUGCAGCGCUUUUAUGAUGCAGAUGAUGGAAUUGUGAAGAUUGACGGUGUAGAUAUCAGAAAACUGCAGUUGAAAUGGGUUAGAGGGAAGAUGGGUCUAGUUAGUCAAGAACAUGCGUUGUUUGGGACUUCAAUAAAGGAAAAUAUUAUGUUUGGGAAGCUUGAUGCCACCAUGGAUGAAAUCAUUGCUUCAGCCAUGGCUGCAAAUGCUCAUAAUUUCAUAAGACAACUUCCAGAAGGUUAUGAAACAAAGGUUGGUGAACGUGGAGCACUUUUAUCAGGUGGACAAAAGCAGCGAAUUGCUAUUGCUAGAGCCAUCAUUAAGAACCCUGUGAUUCUCCUACUUGAUGAAGCAACAAGUGCUCUUGACUCUGAAUCAGAAAAAUUGGUGCAAAAUGCCCUUGAUCAAGCCUCUAUGGGAAGAACCACACUGGUAGUAGCACACAAGCUUUCAACAGUGAGGAAUGCAGAUCUUAUAGCAGUCGUAAGUAACGGUUGCAUCGUCGAAAUAGGCUCACCCAGUGAACUCAUCAACAGAACAAAUGGCCACUAUGCAAAAAUGGCAAAAAUGCAGAGACAAUUCAGCUGUGACGACCAAGAACCAAACCCAGAAACGCAUUACUCAUCAGCGGCAAGAAGUAGUGGUGGCCGGCUUAGUACAUCAAAAUCGAGCCCGGCUGUGUUUGCUUCACCACUAUCCGUUAUUGAUAGCCCACAGCCGGUAACUCACGCGCCACCGUCCUUCUCUAGGCUUCUCUCUUUAAAUGCGCCUGAAUGGAAGCAAGGUCUUGCUGGAAGCCUCUCAGCUGUAGCCUUUGGCUCAGUGCAGCCUAUUUAUGCCCUAACCAUCGGUGGCAUGAUUUCAGCUUUCUUCGCAAAAACCCACCAGGAAAUGCAGGCUCGAAUUCGUACAUAUUCCUUAAUUUUCUCUUCUCUUACCUUGAUUUCUCUUGUUUUGAAUCUUGUGCAACAUUACAAUUUUGCUUAUAUGGGUGAACGGCUAACGAAGAGAAUCAGGAUAAGAAUGCUUGAAAAGAUUCUGACAUUCGAAGCCGCUUGGUUUGAUGAAGAGCAAAAUUCCAGUGGAGCUUUGUGUUCGAGAUUGAGUAAUGAGGCUUCUAUGGUCAAGUCCCUGGUUGCAGACAGAGUAUCCUUAUUGGUUCAAACUACUUCUGCCGUUACCAUUGCGAUGAUUUUGGGGUUAGUUGUGGCUUGGAAAUUAGCAAUAGUUAUGAUUGCGGUCCAACCUCUCACGAUUCUGUGUUUUUAUACUCGAAAAGUAUUGCUCUCAAGCGUUUCAACCAAUUUUGUGAAGGCACAAAAUCACAGUACUCAAAUUGCUGUGGAAGCAGUGAUUAAUCAUAGAAUUGUGACUUCAUACGGAAGUUUGGGAAAGGUUCUUCAACUUUUUGAUGAGGCUCAAGAGGAACCCAGAAAGGAGGCAACGAAAAAAUCAUGGCUUGCUGGAAUUGGUAUGGGGUCUGCUCAAUGCCUAACUUUCAUGUCAUGGGCUCUGGAUUUCUGGUAUGGUGGUACUUUGGUGGAAAAGGGAGAGAUUUCAGCAGGGGAUGUGUUUAAGACAUUUUUCAUAUUAGUAAGCACUGGAAAGGUUAUAGCUGAUGCAGGAAGCAUGACUUCUGAUAUAGCCAAGGGCUCAACCGCAAUUGCAUCCGUAUUCAACAUUCUUGAUCGCCAAUCUCUCAUUCCAGGCUCUUCACAUGCAGGGGAAGGGUCAAGUGGAAGCAAGUUAGAAAAAAUGGCAGGGAAGAUAGAGAUGAAAAGGGUUGAUUUUGCAUACCCAAACAGGCCAGAGAACCUUGUGUUGCGACAAUUUUCCUUGGAGGUGAAACCAGGAACAAGUGUUGGACUCGUAGGAAGAAGUGGGUGUGGAAAAUCAACCGUUAUUGGAUUGAUUCAAAGAUUUUAUGAUGUUGAGAGGGGGUCAGUGAAAAUAGAUGGGGUAGAUGUAAGGGAGCUAGACGUUCAAUGGUAUAGAAGAUACACGGCGGUUGUCAGCCAAGAGCCAGUGAUAUAUUCAGGCAGCAUUCGGGAUAACAUCAUGUUUGGGAAGCUUGAUGCUUCAGAAAAUGAGGUGGCGGAAGCUGCUAGGGCUGCAAAAGCUCAUGAAUUCAUUUCAUCACUAAAAGAUGGGUAUGAAACUGAAUGCGGUGAAAGAGGAGUUCAAUUAUCAGGAGGGCAGAAACAAAGAAUAGCAAUUGCAAGAGCUAUAAUCAGGAACCCAACAAUACUGCUACUAGAUGAGGCAACCAGUGCUCUGGAUGUGCAAUCUGAGCAGGUUGUGCAAGAAGCGUUGGACCGAAUUAUGGUGGGAAGGACAACAAUUGUGGUAGCUCAUCGACUCAACACCAUAAAAAAGCUUGAUUCCAUUGCCUUGGUUGCAGAUGGGAAGGUAGUGGAACGAGGAACCUAUGCUCAACUCAAACACAUGCGCGGUGCCUUCUUUAACCUCGCCAGCCUUCAAUCAUAGAGAUACAAAAAUGGCAAAUGGGGAGAGCUUGUUGUUGAAUUUAUGUCCUAUAUAUGCCAGAUUAUAUUCCAAACCUCCCAGUUAAAAUACCUGUAUAGUGGUAAUUAUAUCAGUGUAAUUACACUAAGAGUUGUGAUGAGCAGACUGGACGGUUGUUAAUCAGUACUAAGCUUCAAUCUUUCAUAA